UCAGAGAGAAGAGCUCCAACUUGACUUUAGUCUGGACAACGUAUCGAACAGUCAACCGUGGAUCAGAGCUGAAUCUUCAUCUUUUGGCCAAAGCGGUACAGCAUGUCCGAAAUGCUUGACAACAUCUUCACGAAGAACUUUAGGAACCUGGCCCUGGAUAGGAACCUGGCCCUGGAUAGGAACCUGGCCCUGGAUGCCUUGGUCCCGAAACAGUCUCAACUCAAAGGCCCAGGCCAGAGUCGGCUGAACCGGUCAGCCUCCGUCUUCUCUCCCCCCUCCCCCCCUGCCUCCUCGAGCCACAGCUUGAGCACCGAGCAUGUUAACAAUAACGACAACAGCAGCCCUUUCUGGUCAUCCAACAUCUGGAGCCAGGGCCCUGUCUCCAAACCGAAACCGCUCUCCUUCAGGCCCGACCGCUCCAUGAGCCUGACCGAGUCCAGCAGCAGCAGCCUGCUUUCCUCUUUUGGACAGCUCAAAAACCUGGAGGCUUUCCCCUCUGCUACUACUGUGGCUCCACCGCCUGGCUUCCCUCCCUCAGCUUCCCUCCAAGCCCAGGUUCCACAAAUGGUGGCCCCUAAUCGUUACAAGACUGAGCUGUGCCGUGGCUUCCAGGAGACAGGCAGCUGCAAGUAUGGCAGUAAGUGCCAGUUUGCCCACGGCGAGGCAGAGCUGCGUGGACUGUUCCGCCACCCCAAGUACAAGACCGAGCCCUGCAGAACCUUCUACAACUUUGGCUACUGCCCCUAUGGCUCACGCUGCCACUUCAUCCAUGAGGACAGAAUUAGCGGAGCGCCGUUAUCAACGGCCAAAUUCCAGAAUCAGCAGCAACCGACUCCCAGUGGUCAGAAUCAACGCCACCAGCUACGCCAGUGUGUCAGCUUCGCCGGGUUCCUGGGGUCUUCACGCAGCUCACCUCCUCCAUCAUUCCCUUCAUCCUUCAAUGAUCCUAACUUGGGCUUCAGCCGUGCUCCAUCUGUUUCCCCACCUCCCGCUGAUCUCCUCUCCCCAGUGUUUGGCGAUUCCCUGCAGCGGGAGGCAGCAGCAUUCCAGUUUGGCAACCAUCAGACCCGUGCCAGCACCGGAGACAUCCACAACAUUCCUCUUAUCCUGGAGCCAAAGUCCCGCUGUGUGUGUGGCCAUGGAAAUAACUUUAACAUCAGCAGAGUCUCUGCCAGCGUGGAGGACGGCCACCAGCAGGACAGCAGCAUGCUGUUUCCUGGUCCUGGAGGCCACGGAGGAUUCAUGAAGCCUGCUGGACUCCAGCGUUUCUCCUCUGAGGACUCCCUGGAGGACAGCUACAGCAGCAGCAGCGGAGGUUCCAGCGGAACCGAGUCUCCCACAUUCGAUGCAGCCACCAAGAGGCUCACUGUGUUUGAACGCCUGUCCCUGUCCGACUAAACAGAUCCAAAGAGAAGGAACAGAAAAUAACUGACACCGUCAACUGUGUCUGUUUAUCUGGACUUUCUUCAGAACCAGAACUGAUAAGGACAAGUCAACCUUUGACACAAUAACACUUAAAGUUCUUAAUUUAAGUUUGUAAAAUGAAACUCGUCUUGGACAAACUACACAUAUUAAGAUGAUUUUAUUAGCCAAAUGUUAUCAGACUCUAUUUUUAUACUUAAUGUAGCCUAUUAGACCUUUGUAUGUGGUCUUCCAUAAAAAUGAACUCCUCUGCAGGUCUUGACAGUACCAGUAAAUAGUCUGGUUUGUACUUACCGUAAAUCUAUAUUGAUCAAAAUGGCUUAUCUUUAGUGAUAAUCAUGAUCUCCAGUGCCUUGAAGAUUCUCCCUGCAACAUGGCUAUUUACUCUCAGUGCCACAAACAGUGUGUUUGAUUCAGUAGCCUUAAUCAGUGAGACCUGACAUGUGUCAUUAAUGCCAUUUUAUCUGUGAUAUGCACUUUACAGCUAACCCAAAUUGGGGAAACUAUCAGUCUCCCAGUAGCAUUUAACCAAAGCUUCAUACUUCACUCUGCUCUGUGUGUGUGUGUGUGUGUGUGUAUGUGUGUGUGUGUCUGUGUGUCUGUGUGUGCCUGUAAAUGUGCGUGCGUGGGUGUAAGUAUGUGUGUAACCAUGUCAUUUUCUUGAGACCCGGGGUGCAUGCAUUUUUAAGUUGCAGAAUGCUGGAAGAUCAAAAAUGUGCUACCAGAAAAAUGUAUGUCAGUCAGUUACGAUAUGAAUAUCUGUUUCCUGACACACUUCUGUUAUCUUUGCUAGUUUGUAAAUUGCACCCCAUCUUUUAUUGUCCCGUUUGUUUGAUAACCUGUUUCAGGGACUUUAACACCGCAGUAUUCCUUUUGGUUAUUGGUUGCCUUGUGUUGUUUAACUUAAACUUAUAUAUUUAUUAUGAUAUUUAUUUGUGUUUAAAGAAAGAAAUAUGUAUUUUGUACUAUUUAUGGAGAAAUAUUCAACCUCUGUGAAAUACCAAUGUGAGAAAAAGCAGUAAAAAAAGAGAAUCUUAUAUUUUUAAUUGCCUUAAAGGGACAAAAUAAAAUUCUAAAAAAAGAAA